CAUUCCCCUGACUUUUAUUCUGCUAUUACAAUCUUUCAGGGAAGUACUGUCGCAUAACGACAAUUGUGUGCAAAUUCAAGUUCCGAGCGGCACUGAAGGCAUCACGUCACUAUGGUAACUCAACGCUGAAACUUAAGACGGAAAAGUCGGCGUGAAGUAAAUUUAAGUUAGCGUUUGCUAAGACUAAAAUAGCACUAACGUUACAUAGCGAUAGCUUAUUCAAUAAUAAACGCAGGCUGAAGCAUGAUGGACAAUCUUGAAGAGUGGGGGAGCUUUUUGAAGAAUGUUGACAACAUAAGUGAGAUAGUGAAGGAUCUGAAGUCUUCUGAUGUCGAAGUCCAGCAAAAAGCAAUGGAGAAAGCUGAUUGCUACCUCGCUGCCUUGGAUGAACCCUCCAGGACUAAAGUCAACAAGACUACAAUCAACACAAACCCACCACUCCAGCCUUCCUUGAGACCGCAGAAUGAAAGUCCAGAGAAUUUCAUGAAGAUUAUGGAACGAGAUGCUGAAGGCAGGAGAGUAAGAAGGAUUGUACAAGAGAAAAAGGCAACUGCACUCAAAGACAAGGGGAAUGAAGCUUACGCCCAAGAAGACUAUGAAACUGCUGUGAAGUACUACAGUGAUGGCUUGGCUGAACUACGGGACAUGCAGCCAUUGUACACCAACCGAGCACAAGCCUACAUGAAGCUGGGAAAGUACAAGGAAGCCAUCAGUGACUGUGAAUGGGCUCUGAAGUGUAAUGAGAGGUGCAUAAAGGCUAACCUACACAUGGGGAAAGCAUAUCUGGCAUUGAAGAAAUAUAAUGAGUCCAGAAACUGCUUUGAAAAGAUAGUGGAAAUUGAACCUGGGAGAAAGAAGAUGAUGAAAGGAUACCUGACCCAGGUAGAUUUGGAAGAGGAGAGAGAAAGUCAGGAGGUGAAUGCGAUGCAAGAGUUUGACAAGGGAGAUGGGAAGGCCACAACAGUGCCCCAGCUGCUGGAGAAGCUGUCAAGGCCCAGCCAGAUGUCUUUCUAUUACUGUGGAGGAUUUGAGAUUCUGUCACAAGCAGUUACUGACUGUACAGGCCAGACCCUUUUCAGGCUGAACAAUGGCUUUAGUAUCGUCAGCAGCAAUGACAUGGUGAGGAGUUGCCUCUUGCAGAAAACAAUGGAUCCAGACAGCCUGGAGUUGUGUGUGUCUGUUCUGAAAUUAUGGAGGGUUAUUUGCUGUGGAAAUGAUGAAAACCAAAAGAUGUUGAUGACAUGCCCAAUCAGCAGGCAGUCCAUCGUUCACUUGGUAACAUCAGAGCAUGUUGCAGUACGGAAAGAAUGCCUGGCAUUACUAUGUUUGUACUCACAGACGCCACAUGGCAGAUAUUUGGCCAUUGACAACUUGAAUGUGCACAUGUUAGUGAGGAACCUCAUGGCGUGCCUCACAAAUCCGCAGCAGCAGCAGGAGUACACAGCGGUCAACAUUCUGGAGAACUUUGCAGCCCAAAACAAGUUUCGUAUUCAGUUAAGGAAUGUGUUGACAGACUCUGUCAUUGCACCAUUUACAAGAAUACUGAGCAAUAUCAGCAAGUCCAAUCGGCAGGUCCUUCCAUCACUGAUAUUUGCUGUUGGCUGUCUGGCUCAAGAUGACGUCAUCCGUCACAAUUUUGCUCAUGAUUCUGAAUGUUGGAAAACCUUUGUGGUUGCCAUUAAGCAGUGCUGUGCAUGUGAAUACAGAGAGGUCCUUUACCCAAUGCUUGGUUUGAUCAUGAACCUUUCAACUGUCACCUCUCCUGUUAUUCAGGAGCAUGCUGUUUCACUCUGUGACUGCUGCCUGGGCCUGCUGAGGGAUAGUGAUGGAGGAGUCAUAACUAGAGCCACAGGCGUACUGAGCACUGUCCUCCCUCAGUCAUCUGAGGCCAUUCAGCAUGUUGUUCAGGGGGAUGUGGUCCGGACCAUGCGGCGGAUACUGAAGGGAACAGGGCAUACUGCCAGUAAGUACGCCAUUAAGACUCUGACAGUGUGCACUGCUGCCAGUCACUUGGCGCGGGAGGAGCUGCUGAAGUCCGAUAAAAAACUGUCUAUUUUACUUCAUUUGCUGGAUUCCAGCUGUGAUGAGAUGGUGUCAGGAAAUGCCGCCCUGUGCUUGGCCCACUGCCUUGAGUUAGAGGGAAUUGCCAGCAACCUGCUGGGCACUGAUAUUGUGCUGUUGCUACUGCGCCACGCUGCAGGGGACGCUAAGAGGACAGCUGUGCAGCAAAAUGCAGCAAUUGCUCUUGGGAAGCUGUGUCGAUCUGAGCCCAGACACAUGAACAAACUUCGAGAACUACAUGGCCUUGAGAUCCUACACUCCUGUAUGAAGCUCAUCACAUGAACCUGUGACACUGACAUGUUUUAUAAUCUCCUUGCUUUUCAUCUGUCUUUUUGUUUCUUCUCUAAUCUCUGAUUUAGACACUUCCCAAACUACUGGGGGUUACUAGUUAGUUAGUUAGUUUGUUAGUUAGUUAGUUACUAUUCCAAUCAUUUAUGCUAAAUUAUAUGGAUUUUUUUUUUUUUUAAGAAAGCUAUGGCUGUCUUGAGAAUAAUCAAAGAUUGGUUUUACUUGAAUAUGGUUCUGCUCUUAAUUGCUAAAUCUGCAUAAACAAGGUCAUACAUAUUAGCAAAGGCCGCCCUUGUUUUUCAUGCCCAUAUGAAUUUAUAUGGUUAAUUACCACAAAUAAAUAAACGUGGAUGGAGGUGCAAGUGCAGUCAGUUUUACCAUCUUUAUGUGUUUAUUAUUAGAUAACAUAAACAAAUUAUUUGUCCUGGAUACUUGAAUACACACCUAGUUUGAAGAGUUCACUUGUAUGGUGGUACAAACUGUUGGAUGGAUUGAACUGUUCGAUUCAGACCUGAUAUUGAUCAGGCAGCAUUAACAUACUGAUGGUAUUUGAAGUGAGACACUGAUUAGAGCAAUGGUAGACUUUGCAUAGAGACAUAAACCUGACACUCGUUCAUCUUGAAGGUCUUUCUCUUAUUUACCAAUGAGUAUACAGCUGGCUUAGCAGCCAGUAUCACUGGCAAUCUUGUCAGCCAUACUCAGCCAUACUCUAAUCUCAAGUUUAAAUAAAGUGUGAAAGUGUUGUUUUCCUCUGUGCCGGCCUUUGGUAUUUCUCUUAUCUUUUGGUUCUUUAGAUCUGCAGUCGGCUUCUUUGUUUUUUAAAAUUAAUUUCCAGAGAGGUGCAGUUGAGGCUUGUGUAUAUUACUGACAAAAAAACCCUUUUCAUCUGUGUUUUGAUUCCCUGGAUGGCAGUACUGAAGGGACAAAUUAUCUCAAAAUAAACAAAUUUGCAGUUUAAAGACUGUUUACAGUUCAACUAAAUUUGGGGUCUGCCAGAUCUGCAUGUCUUUGAAAUAUGGAGAUUACUUGUAAACUCACAGAAAGGGCAAAACAGACAGACAAACAGCUCUAACCACUGCAGCAUUGUGCUGCUGUCGCUACUUGCAUGUUGAGCACAACCACUGUAAGAAGGUCAGAGCAAUAACUCUGCUAGCAUAGUGUUUGCACACCCACUGUGAUGGCUUACAGAGUUGUACCCAGUGAGACAAGACAAGUAUAGCUGCACUAUACUGUAAAAUAGUCAAUAGUGUAGACCUUGUGGUUUAAGGUGUGUUUGUGGGUAUUUGCAAGUCUGAAUGUGACUGGAUAGCCCUGUUGAAAUGGUUUGCAUGAAGCCAUAGUGUUAAUACACAUUAGGAGGGAAUAUAAAAGGCCAUUUGGAGUUUUUAGUGAUGUUUAGUGGCGUGGAUCUAGGGAUGGAAAUGUUGGUCAGUCAGUCAUCCACAGAAUUACCUCAACAACUAUUGGAUGAUUUGCCAUAAGAAUUUAUACAGAAAUUCGUGGUCCCCAAAGGACGAAGCCUACUGACUUUGAUGAUCUCUUGCCUUUUCCUCUAGUGCCAGCAUGAGGUUGAAAUUUUUAUUUUUUUUUUUAAAUAUCUUAACAAAUUUUGCAUGGACUGCCAUGAAAAUUGGCAGAACUAACGACAUUCCCAUCAGCCUCAGUUUGUGUUUAAUUGCUAAUUAGCAAAUGUUAGCAUCCUAAUGAGCUAAGCUAAGAUGGUUAAAGACUAUACCUGCUAAACGUCAGCACAUUAGCAAUGCCAUUGUGAGCAUGUUUGGCGAAAGUAUUCCCAGCCUCUGCUCUGAGGCUUGAUUGCAGACUUGUUUUGUGCUUGCUUACAUGUCAGAAAAUUAAAAACCUUCUUUUAACAUCA